CAGCAAGCCCUGCUGGCGAGGGGUGGGCCAGGGGACCUGGAGCGGAUCCUCCCCAGAUCUGCAGGGGAAAUAAAAGCCAGGGCAGUCAGGUGCACGGUGAGAGCAUGGCAGUGGCAUGGAGCUGGAGCACCUGUGGCUAGUGGUGGCCUGCAGCGAGCGCUGCGGCCUGGCUGUGGGUGCGACAUGGGCGGGAUCACUGCCACCGCUAUAAAUAGGGCUCACAGAGAGCUGGCCUAGCAAACCCAGAGCUGAACCAAGCAGCGUGGAGGAGACGGCGUCGGACAGGGGUGGGGCGAGCCAUACUGAGGAGGAGGUGCCUGUGCACUGCUAGGGAGGGCAAUAGCGCGUGCUCCAUGCCAGUGCAGCAUCUGCAGGGCUUGGGCACUGCCAGGAUAUGGACUACAGUGCUGGGGCUUAGUGCUUAGUGCACUAAGGGCUUUCCAGCUGGUGUGGCUUCUGCAGCAAGCACUGGGCAAUGGCACAAGCUCAGGUGGGGCUCCCAGGACCCUUCCCGGAGCCCCUCGUUGGGCCAUGCCCUGACUCCGACUUCGACUCUGACUCUGAAGAUGCAACCAUGGGUGGUGCAGGGCCCGGUGCUGGGGUUCAGAAACCCUCCCAGGUCAUCCACAGUGGCCACUUCAUGGUGUCGUCCCCGCACAGCGACUCACUGCCCCGUCGGCGCCACCGCCAUGCUGAGCCCGAGGCAGCUGAUCCGCGGAGCAUCGACCCAACCCUGACCCGGCUCUUUGAGUGCAUGAGCCUAGAGUACAGCCAUUGUGCUCUGCAUCUUUUCAGCAUCCUAAAAACAGAUCAACAAGAAGCAUUGAUCAGAGCUCAGGUUCAGGUGAACUUGGACCUGCAAUGCAGCACUGGAUAUGCUUCUCCAUACAGGAGACUGGACCCUGACUGUAGAGCCAACUCCACAUACCCCUUGUUGUUCAAGGCGUGGCUCACCAUUUCAAAGGAAGGUUUCCCCAAGAAGCUGCACAUGUGGAGCCAAGCUCCUUUAGGAACUGUUCACACCUUCGCCCCAGCAUAA